GAUAAGCGUUGGAGGGAAUUCAAAUCAAGAUUGACGACUGGUUGGAUCCGGGGUACAAGAAAAAGGCCAAAAGAUGAAAAGAUGCCAUAUGAUUUGUAUAGUUAUAUAACUAAGGAUAUAUGGAAGGAAUUUGUGAAGAUACGUACCUCCGAAGAAGCUGAGGAAAUAAGUGAGAAAGCAAGACAAAGUCAAUCUUUCAACAUAUAUCCUCAUCAUAUGGGACAGAAAUCAUAUGCUGAAAUGACAAGUGAAUGGCAGAGAAAAGGGUACAUUCCCUCAGUUUCUUCGUCAUCUGAAGGUUCCUCUGCGUCUACAAUUUCUUCAAGUUUGCCGAGUAGGACAUGUUUAUGGCUUCUUGCAAGAUCGGUACCAGAUGAGAAAGGAAAUCCUUACUUGCCGGAUGAGGGCACACAAAAGGAUGAAUGGAAAAGGAAACAAGAUGAAGGGGAAUUUGUUCCCAAAAGUGCACGAGAUGAUGUCUUAUCUCGUGCACUUGGUAAGACCAAAGAAGGGAGACCACUAACAUUUGGUGGUGGAGUAGGCAUCAAAGCUGUGUGGGGGACCGGAGAGCGGCGUAGCUUUCGACGGUAUGGAGAUGCGGAGAUGGAGGAAAUGGAAGCAAGAGUGACCAAAAGGGUCAAAGAUGAGACAAUACAAGAGAUGAACUCCAAGAUGGAUGCCAUGGUUAUGGAGAAAUUUAUCACAUUUGCUAAAGAACUUGGUGUCCAAAUACCAAGCCAGAUGAGGAUAGACGCAAAUGUUCAUAGUAGUUGUCGUUCCGGGGGUUUAGAUCCAUUUGCCGACAUUACGGAACCUGUCCCGUGCCAUCUAUACCUGAACAUAGGCUCCGAGAAAGUCUUUGUUGCCUAUGGUACCAUAUGUCCAGAGUUGCUCCUUGAUCACCACAACGACGUCACGUCCGAUAACGUGAAAGUGAGCGUUGAUGAUUUUGAGCCCGCGUACAAAGAAGUUCCCGUCCCCGUGCCUUCUCAAUAUAUUAAGAAACUUGCUCAAGCUCAUGGUACCUUCACUCAGUGGCCAAAGCAUUUGGUGUCGCUUACGAAUGAGGAGGUAAACAAGCCUACAAGUAAAGAGCCUAAAGGGAAAGGGAACAAAGGGAAAGAGAUAGUGCUUGGGGGAAGUGGAACAAAAGCGUCCAACACUAAAUCAAAAACCUAUUUCCUUGAAAAUUAUAAAGUGCAAAAUUUGAGUGGUAAGUGCAAUGUGAUGAAAACUAUGAUGUUGGGAUUAAAAGAAGGGGAGCACGUUAAGGUAUAUUGCACUAAAAGGACAUUCAAUAUGGAAAAGGACUUUGAAAUUAGUGUCACCGUUGAAGACACCGAUCAACUUCUCUCGGGAGCAUGGCUCAAUAUAUCAAUAAUACAUGUUUUUGUUACGGCUUUGAGUGAGUUGUGUUUACACGAUGAUUGUCACCCCAAUAUUAUUGGAUUCAUGUGCCCGGAGAUGAUCUCGGCCACCAUGUUAAAGUCCGAUGCAGAUCGAAUUCUAUUGUACAUGACGAGGUCCAUGAGUGCACUUAGUUCUAAGACAUUCAUCUUAUGUCCAUACUACGAAAAGAGUCACUGGAUGCUUUUAGUUCUUUGCUUGUCUAAACGUGAGGUCUACAUAUUUGAUUCUCAACAGAAGAAGAGAAAUUUGAUGAUUAAGGAGCCACUAAACAAUGCUUUUCGGAGUUACAAGAGACUAGGUGGACAAUCUAAGGGAACUAAAUUAACAUGGAUUCCAGCACAGUGUGCUCAACAACCGGGAUCACUAGAUUGUGGCUACUACGUCAUGCGUUUUAUGUACGACAUAAUAAUGAAUCAUGGUAAUAGUCAAGAUCUUACUAAGGAUUUUUCAAGAACAUUGCCUUAUUCACCGGAGGAGAUUAAUGAGGUGAAAGAUUUUUGGGCAGAUUACUUCAUGAACAAUGUCGAAUUUUUAGCUUAAUUUGUAAUAUGAACUUGAUCUCUAGCUAGCUACGUACCUUUGUUGUAAUAAUUUUAUGUUUGUUGUAACAUGUUGGUUGAUCGAUCUAUGACGAAUUUAAUUGCCUUUUAUUGGGAACGUUAAUUACGUUGUAAACUUUUGUGACAGGUAUUAUUUAUAAAUGUAUUCCCGGUAUUGGGAAUGAAGCGUCUAAUUUCAAAGACG